UCGCAAGAGAAACCAUCAAAUUCGCGUGUGUUCGAGAUGCGUAGCGUACGCAGCAGCUUCACUAUCGGGCGGUUGGCGAUUUAUCCGAAAAGUUCAAACAUUCGCACUGGCUUCAUAUACGUAUCGUCAUUAACUGCACCCAACGGUUAUCAGUGUCAGCCUCACCAUCCACAAUGCAGUCUGGCCGCGCUCUCUCCCAGCUCAUCCGCCAUCACAGCGAGCGAUUCCACCCGAAGGAUUGUCGCCGGAAGCCACAGCUCCAUCAGCCCAUCCCAGGGCGUGUCCUCAUCACAACCGGCCACCGGACGCUUCUCCCGAAACGGCCACCGAUCACUGCACAUCUCCGCGGUCUGUGAUAAAUCGUCAUCGAAGGAUGGUGGCAGCGGAACGGGCAGCAGCAACAACAAUCCACCCGGCGGUAAUGGUCCUUCUGGCACCGGUACGACGGCAAGCGGUGGUGGCGGAGGAUCGAUUUCCUCCGGGGCCGGUGGUAAGGAUGGUGGCAGCGGUGGCAAGGAACCACCGAACAAAAAGAACACCCUGUCUUGUCCGAAAUGUGGCGAUCCUUGCACGCACGUCGAAACGUUCGUCAGCUCGACGCGGUUCGUUAAGUGCGAAAAGUGUCACCACUUUUUCGUCGUCCUGUCGGAGGUGGACUCGAAGAAGACGAUCAAGGAUGCGGAACCGAAGGGGGCCCGCAAACCACCCCCACCACCGAAGAAGAUCAUGGAGUACCUCGAUCGGCACGUCGUCGGUCAGGAACUGGCCAAGAAGGUGUUGUCGGUGGCGGUUUACAACCAUUACAAGCGCAUCUACCACAACCUGCCGGUGCCGGCAUCUUCGUCGGCGGGAGCCCAACAGCAGCAGCAACAGCUCGAUUCGAUGUCCCGCAGUGGUGAUCUGUUGCAUAUAUCCGGCAUCGGGCAUACUAUGAUGAGUUCGGCUCCGUCGGAAGUUCCGCGACCACCGAUGGCCGGUGGUGGUGCUUCUGGACACGGUGGAGCUAAUGCGCACCAUCCUGGGUCGGAGCUGUUGGACAAGAAGACGCACGAGCUGAAGCUGGAGAAGAGCAACAUUCUGAUGCUCGGCCCGACCGGCUCGGGUAAGACGCUGCUGGCGCAAACGAUCGCCAAGUGCCUGGACGUUCCCUUUGCCAUCUGUGAUUGUACGACGCUAACGCAGGCCGGUUACGUCGGUGAGGAUAUCGAGAGUGUGAUCGCAAAACUGCUGCAGGAUGCCAAUUACAGUGUGGAGCGAGCCCAAACGGGCAUCGUGUUCCUGGACGAGGUGGAUAAGAUCGGUGCCGUGCCCGGUAUCCAUCAGCUGCGAGACGUUGGCGGCGAGGGCGUACAACAGGGCAUGCUGAAGAUGCUGGAGGGCACGAUCGUGAACGUGCCGGAGCGGAACUCUCCGCGGAAGCUGCGCGGCGAGACGGUGCAGGUCGACACGACGAACAUUCUGUUCGUGGCGUCUGGCGCGUAUACCGGAUUGGAUCGCUUGAUCGCGAGGCGGCUCAAUGAGAAGUACUUGGGCUUCGGAAUGCCGGCGACCUCGUCGGAAGGACGUCGCGCGGCCCAGGCGUCCGCAUCGCCGAUGGACAACGAUCAGGUGGAGCGUGAUGCCAAUUUGAAGAAGGUGCAGGCUAAGGAUCUCGUUGAAUUCGGCAUGAUUCCGGAAUUCGUCGGUCGUUUCCCGGUGCUGGUGCCGUUCCACAGUCUGGACGUGGACAUGCUCGUGCGUAUUCUUACCGAACCGCGAAAUGCCCUGGUGCCUCAGUACAAAGCGCUGCUCGGAAUGGAUCAGGUGGAGCUGUCUUUCACGGAUGAGGCGCUUAAACAGAUCGCUCAACUCGCGAUGGAACGGCAAACGGGUGCCCGUGGACUUCGUGCAAUAAUGGAAACACUUCUGUUGGAACCGAUGUUUGAGGUGCCUGGUUCUGACGUCAAAGGCGUGCGUAUAACGGAGGAGAGCGUACGUGGGGCCGAACCGAUCUACGUGCGCCGCGGAGAGUCGAAUUCAUCGAGCAAGGAUGCGUCCGCUUCCGGAGAGGCGGGACACACCACCAGCAGUAGCACGACGGAGGAAGAGGAAACCACAAAGGUGCGUGUUAAGCAGUAAGUCGAACAGCAGUCGAGGGCGCUCUACCGCGAGGAUGCAUCGUGACGAAAAUCGUACAGAUUAACAUUAUUAUUAUUUUCUUAUUAUUUGCAAAAUCGAUGGAUAAAUGAAACAUCAAGCGUACGUGUAUAUAAGAUUAGUUUUUUGUCAUACGGCUGCGUUCCUAUUUGUUCGGUUUAUUCUUCUUUUGCUCGGCUGCACGGAUAGUGCUGCUCUAUUAAUUUAAGUCCCUGUUGUUAACCAAAUCCUUGGGAUUUGGCAACAGUUUUUCUUGUUUCUCCCAUCCCACGUACGCACCUCAAAAGCACGUCGUACUGGGAGUAAGCGAAUGUGAUUUUGGUUCCAUUUUAUGCCAAUUGUGUGUUAGGAACAGAUUUCAAGAUAAUUUCUAGUGCUGAUUCUCCGGAGGUUGUACAGGGUGGUAUGCUAACCAAUCAUCCAUUUUCGUGCGGGUUUUGUGCCUAUUCUCAGUUUUGAUUCAAAGUGACCAUGCCGAAAGAAAGCCGGCUCUUGCUGAUUAGGUAAAAUGAAAUUUUCCAAUCGGCCAGUGUAUCUUUUAUGUUUUUAUUUUCCUUGCGGUUUAAUUGCACAGCGCUGCCCCGUUACAGCGAGAGUAAAAGUGAAACUAACUCGAGGGGAAGUCGUUAGAAUACGCAAAAAAUCACAAAAAAAACAACAUUAACGCAACGGUUCAACGAAGCCCGUUCGUUAGCAAAUCUGUGCGUUUCUGUGGGUCACAAAUAGGUAUAAAUAUAGCAACUUUAAAAAAAUCAUCCUAUGACGCAUUAGAGGUCCAGCUUUGGAAGUCGUUCGUUUUUGCGGACGAGUUAAUUAUGUAUUAAAGAGGUAUAACAAAAAAAGAAUGAAAUCCUUAAUGAAAACGUUAGCGAAUCUUGAAAAUGGUAAAGAAUGAAGACAAGAAGAAAGCAUUGUAAUGGAAAGAUAAAGAAAGUUGAGUCGAAGGGAUUUAGGAGGUAGUGGUCCAUCCGGUACAAACGAAACGCGUAUACCUAUCUAUAAUCGCAAAAAAAAAACAGAUGAAUCAAGUGUAAAUUAAAAGAGAAACAAACGCCCUUGUAAUUAGUAUCGUAUAAAA